CUCCCAUGUUCAAGCCAUCCUCCCACCUUAGACGCUGGAGUAACUGGGACUACAGAUGCACGCCACCAUGCCUGGCCAAUGUCUGUAUUUUUUGUAGAGAUGGGGUUUCACCAUGUUGCCCAGGCGGUCUCUAACUCGUGAGCUCAAUCCACCCACCUGCCUCAGCCUCUCAAGGUUUUGGGAUUACAUGCAUGAGUCAUUGCUCCUGACAGGGAGGCCUUGUCUUCUGAGUGGACUGGGGUGGUGGCCCAUGGACAGGAUGGGGAUCACGCGAUCCCCUGCAGCCCUCUUCGGCUUUGUGAUAGAAAUGCAAGUUACCUCAAGAGGUUCUCCCUGACCUUGGUGAUGCUGUGGGCACUCACAGAAGCCUCCUCUGUGCUGCAGGGAGGCUGUGUCUCACUGAUGCAGGGUGCUGGAGGGCGCCUCUUAGCAGAUGAUGAUGAGAGGCUGUCCCCUCCCAGGAAGGAGAAGGUCCUUGUCUGUUCCAAGGCAAGGAACUGGACAAGGAGGAGGAGGUUCAUUCAGUACAUUGAGUCUGAUCCUCUCUGCUAUAGCUGGAGCACAGUCCCUGAAGCUGGCUGAAGUGCCAAGGCAGGGGCUAGCAAACUGGGGCCGAAUCCCACCUGCUGCCUGUUUGUAUAAAGUUUUAUUGGGACACAACCAUGCCCACCAUUCACAUCUAUUCCAGGGCUCCCUCUGUACCGGAACGGCAGAACUGAGUAGCUAAGACACAGACUGAAUGGCCCACAGAGUCCCAAAUAUUUGCUGUCCUGUCUUCUAUAGGGAAAGUGUGCUGACCCCUGCCCUAGAGAUUUGUAGUGAGGGGGCAACAGAAGACCUGGGGCUGGGCUACAUUCAGGAGCCGAGACCCUCUUCACCCAUAAGAAGCCCCUGCCACAUCAUCUCGCCUUUAACUCACCCAGAGGACUUCAAAUCCUGGGCUCAGGCCUGGGGAACAUCUGGAGCCCGGGGUGGUAGCAUUUUAAAGGCAUUCGGUAGAUGUUACUGACCCAAGAGAGAGCCGUUUAAAUACUCAUAUUUAUCAAAAGCCCAGCUGCACAGCCUUGGCCCAUGGAGGAUUGUGAGUUCUUUGUGCCCGCAACCUUCCAGUUUCAGUUCUGCCCGGCGUGAUACUGGUUAGUUUCUUCCCUCCCCAUCCCCCGCCGCCACACUUUUUUUCUGUCAGAACAAAGAAUGCUUUUUGCACUCCAGAUCUGUGGUUUGUAAGGCCAAGUAAUUUUUCUAAACCCCGAACACAUCAGGAGCCCUUACAGACCAUUUUGAAGAGAAAGCACCAUUUGAAGCUAGGGAAAAGUGAGUGACUCUCGGAAAGAGACCAAAAGUCUCCUGGAAUACACCAGCCUUCUAGAAGGGUGUGUGCUCUAAGGGCUUUUUCCAGCCCCGGGGCAACUUGACAGCCGUCCAUGUGGAUUACAGGAGGCAGAAAGCCACCCAGGGGCUUCUUGUUGCACAGUGGCUGCUUUUGCAUAGCUGGAAGUGCUUCUUGGGUGGGCUGCUGGCUAAGCCAGGUACCCUGCUGGGUCCUUGUCCGCGUGAUCCCAUGUCACUUCCAUGCAGCUUACCAAGGCUCAGAGGUCCUGUGGCUGCACAUAUCACUUGGUUAGUGAGCUUGGGAGCUGGGGUUGGAACGCAGGCAGUGCUGUUGGCCUCUGUGUGUCCUGCUGGUCUCCCAGUCCCCUUGCAUGGUCUGUUGCCCCUAUUGCAGUGGCUUCCUCAAGGGAAUGACAGUGAAUGCUGAAAGAGCUAAAAGGCUGCUCCUGCCAGUCAUGCAGUCAGUGGCCCCUUCGUCCCUCAGUGACCAAUGGGCAGCUCACCCAGCACCCCCAAACCCCAGUCCGCAUACAGCUAUGCAGCUGGGGCCCCACUUUGCUAUGGGCUUAGUGCUGGUUUUCUUGUGACUGUUUUCAUUAUUUUAUCUAACAAAUCAAAUCAACCAAGUAACUUUUUUAUAAUACGUUAAGGGCCGGGCACAGUAGCUCGUGCCUGUAAUCCCAACACUUUGGAAGCCAAGGCAGGAAGACUGCUUCAUCUGAGGAGCUGGAGACCACCCUGGACAACAUAGCAAGAACCCUCUCUCCACAAAAAAAAAAAAAAAAAAAAAAGCCAGGUGUGGUGGCGUGCACCUGUGACUCCAGCUGAGGUAGCAGGAUCAUGGGAGCCUGGGAGGUCAAAACUGUAGUGAGGUACGAUCAUGCCACUGCACUCCAGCCUGGGCAGCAGAGCAAGACCCAUCUCAAAAAAAUAAAAAUGUGCUAAGGCUUCCACAUCACUUCUGUGGAGCAUUAGAAUGAAGGAGAGGUCUUUGCUUUACAGCGACUUGGGCCGGCUCUGGGGACCACUGUAGUCUCUGAAGUGGGGAAGUCACUCAUUCACUCAUACCUUCAUUCAUUGAGAGACAGCCUCUGUGUCAGAUCCCUUGGCCAAGCAGGAGAGAACCAUUAGCAGCCUGAGGAGCUGGCUGGCUGGGAGCCUCAGGGAUCGCACAGCCUUGCUCCCAGCUCACCCGCAAGAUGUGGACAGCUCUUGUGCUCAUUUGGAUUUUUUCCUUGUCCUUAUCGGAAGGCCAUGCGGCAUCCAAUGAUCCACGCAACUUUGUCCCUAACAAAAUGUGGAAUGGAUUAGUCAAGAGGAAUGCAUCUGUGGAAACAGUUGAUAAUAAAACGUCUGAGGAUAUAACCACGGCAGCAACUUCUCCUGUCACGUUGACCAAAGGGACUUCGGCAGCCCACCUCAACUCUACGGAAAUCAAAACAGAGGACACAAGCAGGACAGACGUGAGUGAACCAGCAACUUCAGGAGGUGCAGCUGAUGGUGCGGCCUCCAAUGCUCCCACGACUGCAGCCUCCAGUACGACUGCGGCCUCCAGCGCUCCCACAACUGUGGCCUCCAGCGCUCCUACGACACUUGCACCCGCCACGCCUACAUCCACAGGGCGGACCCCAUCCACUACCGCCACUGGGCAUCCAUCUCUCAGCACAGCCCUCGCACAAGUGCCAAAUAGCAGCACGGUGCCAAGAACAGCAACCCUGGCCACGUUGGCCACACAUGCUCAGACUGUAGCGACCACAGCAAACACGGGCAGCCCCAUGAGCACUCGGCCAAGUCCUUCCAAGCACAUGCCCGGUGACACCACGGCAAGCCCUGCAGCCCCUACGCGUCCCCAAGCACAAGGUCCCAUUAGCCAGGUGUCAGUGGACCAGCCUGUGGUUAACACAACCCCAGAGCCUACCCCCACCCUCACAGUGGUGACCACCACCAAGGCACAAGCCAAGGAGCCAACUGCCAGCCCAGUGCCAGUGCCUCACACCAGCCCAAUCCCUGAGGUGGAGGCCACGUCCCCCACGACACAGCCAAGCCCCACGCCAUACACCCAGAGGGCCGCUGGGCCAGGUACAUCCCAGGCACCGGAGCAGGUAGCGACUGAGGUCACGCCAGGUACCGAUUCCACUGGGCCAACACCCAGGAGCUCAGGGGGCCCUAAGAUGCUAGCCACGGACUCGUGCCAGCCCAGCACCCAAGGCCAGUACCAGGUGGUCACCACCGAGCCCCUCACCCAGGCCGUGGUGGACAAAACUAUCCUCCUGGUGGUGCUGUUACUCGGGGUGACGCUUUUCAUCACAGUCUUGGUUUUGUUUGCCCUGCAGGCCUAUGAGAGCUACAAGAAGAAGGACUACACCCAGGUGGACUACUUAAUCAAUGGGAUGUACGCGGACUCGGAAAUGUGAGGGGCCGGGCCCCUUCCUUGUCCUUUCCUUUCGCCUUUGAGACCAAACCAAGUGCUUCCAAAUUCUUUUGGUGCAAUUUAGGAGAUAUGCCAGAUGCUUAAACACAUUUAAUUGCUGUCAGACUAAUUCCAUGAUCACUAAAGAGUUGCUGCUUUUUUCAUAUUUAUUUUUGUAGAUGAUCCUGUGCCCAGGAGCAGCUGGGGGUUCCACCUCAGGGUGGGGCGGGCAGGGCCCUGUGCCCCCAGGUGUCGGAGCCUGACCUGAAUUAAAGUACUGACUGCUC